AUGGUGACCAAGGCUGUGAUGACAUCCCAACCUGCCAGCACAGCCCAGGAGUCUUCUCUUGCCCUGAGGAUGAGCUGUGGGUACGUCCUGUGCACCGUCCUGCUCUCGGUGGCCGUGCUGCUGGCUGUGAAGGUGACAGGAGCCAUCCUCUUCAUGAACCACUACCACACGCCGGUCACCGAGUCCCCCCCGGUCAUCAGCACCAACCCCGAGGAAGCCAACGCUCUGGUCACCAUCGAGAAAGCCGACAGCUCCCGCAUCAACAUCUUCAUCGACCCCAACUGCCCCGACGGGACGGGGGCCCUGGGGCGCCUGGAGGGGCUGCAGACCUCCCUGCUGCGCGCCCUCACCGACCACGACGCCGAGGCCAAGGCCACCAGGAGCCAGCAGAAGGCCCUGCUGGUCACCGUGGCAGACGAGGUGGCCAAGCUGCUGACACACGCCGUGCAGCUGCGGGCCGACUGCGACGGCCUCAAGAAAGGGCACAGCGCCAUGGGGCAGGAGCUCAGCACCCUGCAGGGAGAGCAGGGCAGGCUCAUCCAGCUGCUCUCGGAGAGCCAGACCAACAUGGCUCGGCUGGUGAGCUCCGUGAGCGACGUCCUGGACACGCUGCAGAAGGAGCGUGGCGGGGCCAGGCCCCGGCUCAAGGCCGACCUGCAGCGAGCACCGGCCAGAGGGGCACGGCCACGGGGCUGCUCCAACGGCUCCCGGCCCCGAGACUGCUUUGACAUCUAUGCGAGUGGACAGCAAGAGGAUGGGAUUUACUCCAUCUUCCCCACCCACUAUCCCUCUGGAUUCCAGGUCUACUGUGACAUGACGACGGAUGGGGGCGGCUGGACGGUGUUCCAGCGGCGGGAGGACGGCUCAGUGAACUUUUUCCGUGGCUGGGAAGCCUACAGGGAUGGCUUUGGGAAGCUGACAGGAGAGCACUGGUUGGGGCUGAAGCGGAUCCACGUGCUGACGGUGCAGGGCAGCUACGAGCUCCGCAUCGACCUGGAGGACUUCGACAACGGCACCGCCUUCGCCCGCUACGGCAGCUUCGGCGUGGGGCUCUUCUCUGUUGACCCCGAGGAGGACGGGUACCCCGUCUCCAUCGCCGACUAUUCGGGGACAGCAGGUGACUCCUUCCUGAAGCACAACGGGAUGAAGUUCACCACCAAGGACCUGGACAAUGACCACUCGGAGAACAACUGCGCGGCUUUCUACCACGGCGCCUGGUGGUACCGCAACUGCCACACCUCCAACCUCAACGGGCAGUACCUCAAGGGCCACCACAGCUCCUACGCCGAUGGCAUCGAGUGGUCUUCCUGGACCGGCUGGCAAUACUCCCUCAAGUUCACCGAGAUGAAGAUCCGGCCUGUCCGGGAGGAAAAUUAG